AGACGCUCGUGUUUACAUUUUAUGGGUAGAAGAGUUACAAUUACAAUUUAUAUUAUUAUUUAAUAUGGACCGUACAUUGUCAAACAUUAAUAAGCUUUAGAGGAUGACAGAAUGUCAGGCACAUACUUGGAAGAUAGGGUACUUACUAAAGUUCCCUUAAAAGAUGGAGAUAGUCAAGCGACUGCCGGGCUGUUGUGCAAGGGAAGCCGACCAGGGAAACGAUAAUACGAGUUAACCAUUAAAAAAGACAGGUAUGUCUCAUCUUGAAGACCCACUCUACAAGGACUGGGUGCGUUCUGCCCUGAGUCUUAAUUACCUUAAAGAAGGCAUAUAUGGCUUUGUUGACCAAUUUGCUAAACAACAUCAUAGCAACCUUCUUCAAAGUUACAUAAAGGGUACCGGGUCCCCUGCGACCAGUUGCACUGAAUGUACAUCCGAAAAUCUCAUGCCAGAUCAUCCAAGACAUCGAUGUAUUCAAAAAUUUAGAUCAAAGUGUUUCUGUAACAAUCCUGUUGGACGACGAAAAUGUCCUAACAACUUCUGCAGCAGAUUGUAUGACUUAAUUGUCAUUGCUCAUGACGAAAGAAACCCUUUAUGGAUCAAUACGGACCCAAGAAAAUGGUAUAGUGAUCAUUGGGAAAUCGCUAAGUGUUAUCUAUCAACUACUGGUUAUUCAGAACAAGGGACAGCUGCAAACACAGACGCUGCUGGCCUAUUGUCAAUUAUUGUGAAUAAUAUUGAAAUCCGUAAUUAUGUUGGUUGCGUAGAUAAUAUAAGAAAGGCUCGGGAUAUCCGCAAUGAUAUUAUGCAUUCAAAAUCCUUCCAAGUGGAUCAAAGUUCUUUAUAUCAAUAUAUCGAUCAGAUGAUUUUAGUUCUUCAAGAUCCCAAAACAUUAGUCACAGACGUAGCUUCUCAAAAUGCCGUUUUAAAAUUGGAAAAGUUAAAGAGAGAUCAGAUAUACAUUAGCUUAGAAGAUGCUUAUUAAAUGCGAAGACAAGCAUUAAAAGCUGUUGAAGAUGGUUUAAAAGCUGUUGAGGAUGGUGUAAAAAAGAUCGAAAAAACUAAAGACGAAGCCAUUCAACAAAUCGAGACAAAGAGAAAACAAACUCAUGAUAAUUUAGAUUCACACUUUGACCAGCGGCUACUGGAACAAAGCAAGAAAAUCGAAGCUGUAACGAUACGUAUGCAAACAGAGAAGAAUGAGUUCGAAAGUAAAUAUCAAACAGCUGUGAACGAAAUUGAAACAAAGGGGAAGCAGGUUACAGAAAACAUCGAUGCAUACUUUGAGAGUCGAGUGAAUGACUAUGAAAACAAAGUCGAAGAUCAGUCUAAAGAAAUUUCUGAUGUUGAAACUCUGAAUUCUGGGCUGACAGAAGAUGAAAAAGGUCUCCAAAGAUAUUUACUGGAAUUUUAUAGACAAGAAUAUGUUCUGAUACCAAUUUCUCCUCUUUCUACAAAGUACAGGAAAAGCGUUGAGGAGCUUUAUGUCCCGUUACAGGCAAAGAUAUUUUGCAAACAAAACAAUAACAAUGUACCCGCGACCAAACUAGCUGAUGUGUUUCAGCAAGACAAUAAAGUCAAGCGCAGCAUAUAUCUUACUGGAGAAGCAGGGAUAGGAAAAUCAACUUUUUGCAGGAAACUGAUUUCACUAUGGUGCACUGCUGGAGAAAAUGAAGGAAAAUUACAACACAAUUAUACUGCUGUUUUUGAUCUUGAUACCCAAUCUUCAACAGAGAAUGCAGAGAUACAGGUCGAUGAUGGGUUCCAUAAUUGCACGGAUGAUCUUUACUAUGAGUAUGAUAGUGAUUCAUACAGUGAUGAUAGCUCACUAUGUAAUCAAGACCUAAGUACAGAUACAACAGCAAAUGCGGUCCCAAGUUGUACAAGCAAUCAAGAUCCCCUCAACACAGUCGCUAAAAAAUCACAAAUCAACGAUAACGACACAGAUAAUGCAUCAAUCCAAAAGUUUGAUUUUCUUUUCUUCAUAUCUCUUCGCGAUACUAAUCAAGAGGUUUCCAUUGAAGAAAUGGUAGAAAAACAGCUUCUUUAUCAAAAUUUAAAACGUGUCGAAUGUUUCAAAAACACCAUUGAGAGAAUUCCAGAGAAGUGCCUUUUUAUUCUCGAUGGAUUGGACGAGUGGACACCGCCCAAACCUUUGCCAACACAUCCCACUGUUACAAAAGGUUUGCCUUUAAGCUCUGUUAGUGGAAAAUAUGUCAAAUUGUUCACGACUAGGAGAUGGAAAUACGAGAGUCUCAGUCCAUGCAUUGAAGAACAUGAAUCAGAAGUAAGACUGACGGGCAUAGGGAAGACAGCAUCAAGGGCACUCAUUGAAAAUAUGUUAGUUUCAAAAUAUCAAAUCUUUGCAUUUGAAACUGCCGUUAGCUUGAGCGACACAUAUGAUUUGACGUCCACUCCUCUUCUGCUCAAAUUACUAAUUUGCUUAUGGCAAGAAAAUUCUAAACUCGAAAGAUCUAAAACAGAGCUGUAUUGUUCAAUUAUAAAUAUUAUGCUUCAUCUGGCUGAAAGAAGAAAUGAUUUGAGUACUGAUAUUCCAACACAUCAAUUACCAGAAAUGUUGAAAGUGUUUCGAUACAUUAAAGACAAUAGCAACCUUGUCUUCAAGCUUUCACAAUUUGCAUUAUAUUCAUUGUUUGAAGAACCCUAUGGGUCUUCAGUCGUUUUUUCUGAGUUUGAUCUUUUGCAGCAAGGUUUGAGUUCCAGAGAAAUUCUUCUGUUUCUCCAAACGGGAAUUCUUACACAAAAGUCUAUAUCUAGUAAAUUAACAUUUAUCCCGAAAACAUCAUUAUCGUUUAUCCAUAAAAGUUUUCAAGAGUUUUUUGCUGCCGUGUAUAUUGCUUCUCAUGACAGUGACUUAAAUUAA